AACCAUAUUUUUUUGCGUUUGUGUGUUCGUUUCACUUUUUUUUUGUUUCGUGCAACUCAUCGGAUUUAGAAUAGACUGUGAACAAUAUUGGUCGAAACAAACAAUGAAUCAACAAAAGCUGUUGGUUGCCUUUAAGAAGAAAAAUUACGAAGAUUUCCUGAAACUUUUGGACUGCGAUGAUACAGACAUAAAUUAUUUUUAUGGGGAACCAGACAACGGAACAUUACUAGAUUUGGCUAAUCGAUCCAUGGAUUUAUUUUUCAUUUUUCGAAUACUACGCGAUAGAGGCGCUAAAACAUGGUAUAAGGAUGCAGUGACUGGUAAAUUAGUAAUACAUGAAGUUUUCAAAAAUUUGGACCCACAAAUCCUCAAGUGUGUCUGGUUAGAGGGAGAAUUUGUCAAAGCUAAACAAAGAUAUGAAAAAGGAACUGACAUCAUGCUAACUGCUGUGACAGAAAACGACGUUGAGGCGAUGGAAGUGCUGGCUCACUCCUACUCUCUAGUAUAUACCGAUGGUUCGCAUUAUAAUUCUUAUCUGCAUAUGGAACUGCUUCGAGGAAGCAUUGACGCAGUCAGAGUGUUCGUCAAGUUCUUCGAUGUGGAUAGAGAAUUUCAAAGAGACUCUAACGGAUGCGCCUAUACUUGUCGCGAAAUAAUACUGCAGAAAUAUCCUGAAUUGGAAUCCGAGCUUCCAACUGAACCAUCCAGCAGCAAGCUCGCUGAGAAUUUAUUUUUCUAUUUGCAUCGAAAUGCUCCAGAAUUAUUUCUAAAUCGAGUCAACGAUCUUAGCACAGAAAUGCUGAAUGAUAGCCGCGACACAGAUGGCAAGACUUAUUUACACGUUGCUUGCGAAUGUAAUUACACCGAAGUUGUGGAUGAACUGUUGAAAAGAAAAAUCCAAUUGAAUCCGGUUGCUCCGUUAUGUGUCUUGGACGACGGGUACAUGAAUGAAGGAACACCAAUAAUGGUGGCCGCUUACCGAGGUCAUCUCCAAAUUUUUAUUACACUCCUACGCAUACCCGAAGUUGAAUUGCAAAUUGAAGGAAAAGGAUCCGUUUUGCAUGCAGUGUUACAUGGUAUGUGGGGUCAGCAAGUUCGUCGAUACGCGAAAUCUAAUGUUACCGAUUAUCAUUUCGAGAUUUUGGAAAACGUAUUCGAAGAUAUCAACAGAUUAAAUGUAGACUUUAAAGACGCAUUCCGUAUGACCGCUCUUCAAUGGGCUAUGAAAUUCAACAACAAAUUUGUCAUCAAGAAACUGCUUAAUGCGGGAGCCAAACUCCGUUUCACAGAUUACAGGGGUAAGUUUUGUUUAACUUCGACGUCAGCUACAAUAAUAGAAAGCUACCUUGAUGACUGCAUUAAAGUAGAGUCUUCAAGUCGGUAUAGCCUUCAUGAUCAUCAUAUCCGGAGAGAGGGUACUGAUGAUAUGAAAUUAAACUACACGAUAUUCAAAAAAGUGCUCAAAAAUUCAACGAAAACCGGUGGGGAAAUGGAAUUGUUCAUUCAAAGCAGAUUUAUACCAGAGUUGAGAACAGUUGUAAAGCAUCCUCUUUCGAAAAGUUUCAUUUACUUGAAAUGGUGUCUAGUGAAAAAAUAUUACUACAUUAGUUUAGCAUUCUAUCUAUUGAUUUGUUUGGUCCUGAGUUUGUUCAUUUUCCAAACUAAAGACUGUCUAACUUCACCCGGCAAUUUAAACAGUUUUAGUGCAACUUCAUGCGACGUAUCAUCGUGGUUGCGAUGGAUGAUAGUACUAUGUUUGAUCAUACUCAUUGCAUGGGAGGUAUGCCAAUUAUUAAUUUCAAGUAGCAUAUGCCCAUACGUUUCUUUAGACCAAACUCCCGUACUAUUUUUGAUCAUCUGGUUUGUUGGUCUUCUUCUCACAAAAAGCUAUGAUACGGAGUUGGCAGCAGCGAUUAUUCUUGCAUCGUGGUUCCGAUUCACAUUUUUACUGGCCAAACAUCCGUUUUUUUCAAUUUACAUUGAGAUGUUCAUUGUAGUGGGGCGUAAUUUUCUGAAAUUUUUCGUUUUGUAUAUAAUUUUGAUCGGAUCAUUUGCGUACAGCUUUUUCAUCAUGUUCAGAAAUAAAACUGACCUAUAUGCAUCGCCGGAAGAUAAAAAUUCCAUAAAUUUGUGGCAAAGUCCGCUUGUAUCACUUCUCAAAUCGAUCAUUAUGAUGACUGGCGAGUUUGACGCUUCUUCUUUACCAUUGGGCUCAAACUUCAGUACCAGCUAUAUUUUUUUCAUUGCAUUCGUCUUUUUAAUUAGCAUAGUACUUUAUAAUUUAUUAAACGGCUUGGCCGUUAGUGAUAUACAAGCCAUCAAGGAAGAUGCUGAAUUUUUUGCUUUGGUAACUCGAGCUGAACUGAUUGCGUACUGGGAACGUCUUAUUCAUAGCACAAAAUUUGGAGAUAAAUUAUUAAAUUUGCAUGUAACUGAUUUUGUUAUAUUAAAUUCAGGCAAAAAUAACUUUAUCAAGGUAUUGUCUCAGCGUACUAUUCAUUAUGAAAUUAUUGGUAAAAUGCCACCCUACAUUGUUAAACAAAUUGAACAAUUAUUGGAAAAACGAAACCAAUCCUAUUUUGAUAAAAUUUGUACUCAGCAGCAUGAGAUGAAAAAUAAUCAAGCCGAGAAAGAAUCAAUUGAUAAAUUAGUUCAUCAGUUGAGUGAGAAAAUACAUGAUAUAAAACUUGAAAACGAUGCAAAAAUAACUAGAAUUGGUGAACAAAUUACUGAUAACAGCGUGAAAAUGUCUGAAAUUGACAAAAAAGUUGCUGGAAUUGAUGUUAAAAUGGCUGAGAUUGGGGACAAAAUUGCUGGAAUUGAUGUGAAAAUGGCUGAGAUUGGCGACAAAAUUGCUAAAAUGAAAGGAAAAGCAGUUGAACACGAUGAAAAUUUGUUGCAAAGAGUUGAUCAGCGAAUUAAUAAAUUAAUGGAAUCCAUUGAGCAGGCACUGAUAGCGCAUUUAAAACAGAAAGAAUAAGGAUUCGCGAUCAAGUUUUUCGGUUUAUAGUAAAUUCAAUAAAUUUGUAGGUAGGUAUUAUUAAGAUGUACUCUUUAUUACAGUAGAGACUCAUUUUUAUAGAAAUAUCAUUAGAUAAUAAAA